UAUAGCAGAAAGAGAUAUUGCGAGGCGGCGUGAGGAAGCUCAGGGGCGGCUGUCAGGAUGGUGGGGUCGUUGUGCCGGGCCGCCACCCGCGUCCUUCAGGCAGGAAGGGGCCCCGGAAUCCGACGUGCCAGUGGAGGUGUGCAUAUUGAACCACGCUACCGCCAGUUCCCAGAGCUAACACGGUCCCAGCAGGUCAAGGCUGAGGUGAUCAGCAGCCUAAUGUGGUUCUGGAUCCUGUGGAAAUUCUGGCAUGAUCCUGAUGCUGUGCUGGGCCACUUUCCUUAUCCAGAUCCUUCUCAGUGGACAGAUGAAGAGCUGGGAAUCCCCCCUGACGAUGAAGAAUAAGCAUGAAUUGUUUGUUCCAAGACUCCUGGGAAGAGAUCUGCAGAAAAAGAUGCUUCAUUUUCUGUAGCAUUUGAAAUUGUAAAUAAAGCUAAAAUAAAUUCA